AUGCUCGAGAAGGUCUUACCGGCUGAGCGGCCGCUCUUUCUGGGCAAAGAACGACGACCGUCGGCAGAACCCCUCCUUCCUCACCUCUCUUCCGCCCAUGCGGCAAGCGUCGUGGCGCCCAGCAGACCGGGCAGAUGGACGAAGGCGCUCGCGGUCGUGCUUCUGCUCUACGGUGUCGCGACUCUCGGCACCUCCCCCGGCCGGCCCUUCGGAUGGAUGGCUUCGCGCAGGGGAGCGCAGGCUUGCGAGGCGGACGGGCUAGCGUCACCCACGGUCCCUCGUCGAGACGACCAACAUCGCAUCGUCGUUCGAGUCCGCCCAGCCUCGGCAGACGAGCCCCGACUUCGCAACCCAGACAAUACCGUCCUCCCUCAGGCUUUUCACCCUCGCCUCGCAGCCGAAAACGCUCGACUGUUCUCGCGGCAUUCCUCAGCUCUACCACUCGCUUCAGGCCACCCGAAGAACUGCAUCACUCCGGCCUCUCACUCCCUACCCAUCCUUCCCAAAGUCGAAUCCUCCGCGCAAGAUCCCGAGAUCUUCUUCUCCAUCUCCACCUCGCCAGCACGAGCCGUCAAGUACGCUCCAGUCUGGCGACACUUCAUGCUCGCGCCGCGACCUACGACUCCCGCCCUCGACGACAUCAGCGGACGACUUCGUUCGCCAACUGCGCCGGGGUGCGUCGUCACAGAUGCGCAGGGUGCGAACGAUGGUAGGGGACAGGCGAUGGCCAACGCCGAGUUUCGUCGACAAGGACUGUCGUGCACCAUGAGGGACAGCUCGCGCGUCGGCGAGCGGUAUGAGAUGCGAGUGCUCGGCCUGGUGAAGGAUGUCUGGCAGGAGAGCGAGCGUCGGCGCUGGCAGGACGGGGCGUCGUUGGUGGAGUGGUUCGUCUUCGGCGACGACGACACCUGGUGGACCGACCCCGUCAUGCUCCGCCAGCUGCUGGCAGGCUACGACUCGCGGGAGGAGUUGAUCCUCGGCACCUUCAGCGAGACUCGCGGAAACUUCGACAUGUUCGGCCGGAUUGCGUUCGGCGGAGGUGGGAUUGUGAUCAGCCGCUCGCUUGUACGCAAAAUGCAGGGCAUGCUGGAUAAGUGCGCCGAGCGCUUCGCGCACAUCUUCGGCGGAGAUGGGUUGAUUUCGGAGUGUGCGGCUUGGACUCGCAACGUCCCGCUUGACCAGCUUGUCGAGGAGGUACCGGCAAUGCGGCAGAUGGACAUUCGCGGCGACGCUACCGGAUACUUGACCGCAGGAACUGCUCCUUUCCUCAGCUUGCACCACUGGAGCAGCUGGCUUGACGUCUUUCCCGGCAUCGAUGCCUUUAGGGCUAUCGACAUCCUUUCGUCCGCCGCCUCUGCGGUCGGUGGACCCAACUUCCUUCGCCGCUGGAUCUUCGACGAAGGUCGUGUCACCUGGACAGUCGGCCACAGCAUUACCGUCCACCGCGAGGCUUUGACACCCGAAGAUUUGACCAGGAUCGAGUGGACUUGGUCGGAGCAUCCGCCGAGGCGAGAACCGCGACGAGCGCUCGCUGAAGGCGAAGAAAAACUCACGUACUACCUCACCUCCGUCGAGCGACUAUCGUCCGACCUCACCAUCUUCAAGCAUACCUGCAGUCAUCCUUCCGUCCAAGCCGGGUUGCGCGAGAUCGAUGUCAUGUGGGACACUCGAAGCGAGUCGCCGACAUGGCAGGAUCGUUGGUUGCCGGGCUGGAAUGCGGGAACGGAUGUAGCGAGUGGGCGCUUGUUCGAGAAGGCUAAGCGGCGGGUCGAGUAUGCGGCGUGA